CCGCGUGACGUCAGACGCAGGCCGGUUCGCCGUGUGUGCGAGAGUGUGUGUGUGGAUGACGCUCGCACAGAACCUUUGGGCGGGGCCGGUGAGGGGGCUGCUGGAAAAGUUUUAGAUACUACUUGGAGAGUUUUGGCGGCGAGAGGACCGGGACGUUCUCCAUGAAGAAGAGAAAGUUAGCAGAUGGGGUGCGAUGCUCCUCUCGCCAGAGGACUACAAAUUGCUCAUCUGAGCAGAACUCAUCUGAUAAUGAACAUGAGAUCUGCAACCCUCGCAAGUCUGGGAAGAAAGGGGGACAGGCAUCAUCCAACAAAGGUACCGAAAAGAGUCUUUCAAAAAAUAUAAAAUGUGGCCAGAACAGUGGACUAGUUAGUGGAGGUGGUGGCAGACCUAAGAGACGUACCAACGCUGGUACUCAGGGCAGGAGGUGCCCAAAGGUGAGAGUCAGCACCCGCCUGACUGCACGUCAAGCUUCCAAAGUGAAUGAUUAUGCUUCAUAUAAUGGAUUAACGGACGAUAGUGGCGAUGGAAUGGUGUUUUCAGACCUAACGUAUCCGGAUAAAAGAAGCCUUUGUGCAGAUGCCAGUCCUUUUUUGGAUGAAGACAGCAACCAGCCCAUGCCACUGGGAAGAUUCUUUGAAAACGCAGAUCUCAUGCAGGACUUUCCACCCGUCGCGACGUCCUGCGCUUCCAUGAGCAGAAGAGAACUGAGAAACCUUCACUUUAGAGCAAAAGAGGAGGAUGAGGACGAUGAUGAUGAACUGAAUGAUGAUGUUAUUUAAGAAUUGGAAAAUUUUUCUCGCAGCCUUUCAACUGGACGGACCUGCUACCUACUGUUUAAUAAUAUAAAGGCAAAUAGAAUGUUGAUCAAAACCAGAGUGCUUUUAUUAGAAUCAGAACCAAAAAGUUCCUCUUUUAUUUAUUUUCAGAGGGUGAGAGGAGGUGAGCAGAGGACAUCUACAAAACUGUCCCAUAACUUUUGUCUCUGCAGUUGGAAUUGAGGGGGGUCCCCAGGAUCUUACUAUGCUGCCCCCCACAUUAUGAAAAAGGACAGUGAAAUUAGUGAAAACCGUACGUUGCUGAUUUGGCCACUAUACUGCUAAUAAACUCCAAAGAUUUUCUUCCAGAUUAGAAAGCAACAGAAAGGGGGGUGGGGGUGUUAUUGGUUGGAACUAGACACAGUUAUGUUUUAUUUAUAUUAAAUUGUCUGUGUAUAUUAUGUUUUUUUUUUUUUUUUAUGUAACAUUAUGGCAGUUAUAGUUUAAAAUUCUCCAUAAAUAAAAUGGGAUCGUCAGAA